CAAGUCAGUUGAAGGCGCACCUCCUUUGGACCACCAUGGACUCAAAACUUACAUUGCUGAUGCUCGCCGCUGUGGUAGCAGCCGUCCAUGGACAGGUACCUUACAUCAGGCCUCCAGGCUUCAUCCCCAUCCUGGCACAGAACUUUGACCUCAACCCUGACGGUUCUUAUGUCUUCAGCUACCGAACAGGGGAUGGAAGCUCAAGGGACGAGAACGGAGCCCUCAAGUUCCCAGGCACCCCUGCUGAGGCUAUGGGAGUUCAAGGCCAGUACUCCUACAACUCCCCCGAAGGACCAGUGGCUGUACAAUACAUUGCUGAUGAGCAUGGCUACCAACCUACCGGACCUAACAUUCAUCCUGCUAUCAUCAAGGCAGUGGCUCAACAAGUAGCAGAGGCUAGAGCCAAGCCUCUAGGCGCCGACUACUAGCCUAGCCACUAGCCACCAGGCUUGGCUACAAGGCACACUACGUUACCUUCUGGCUGUACAACGCCUACAGUAUUAAAUAACGCUUACUUACUUUAGGCACUUUCAUUAUUUAUAUUGUAUUUUGUAAAUUCUUUUUUAUAAAACACUCUGUGAUGUCCAA